UUUGAGAGGAAUUUUCCUUCAGCAGCUGGGCAGCCGUAUCCUCUGUUAGCUCUAUAGAAAAGAGAGGAAUCUGAAGAAAGAGGGUAAAGAGGGGGCAGCUAGUAAAGUAAACCAAAGUGGUCAUGUAAGCCAUGCCUUUUUGGCAGAAUGAUUGAAAUAAAGGCUGGGAGGAGCCGCACAGAAGCAUGGAGUGUAUUACAACGAUUAGAAAGUAACGGCAGGAAAAAGAAAACCUCUGCAGUGUUUACAGAUCCAUUACAAGAGCAAAUAUUCUGAACGCUUCUCAAAACUUUUCCCCUAAGAUCGAGAAAUGCAGAGACUUCAGAGAAAUAUGAGUGUGUGCCAGCAAACUAAGGCUCUCUUACGUAAAAAUCUACUUAUCAAAUGGAGAAUGAAAUUGCAGACCUUUCAGGAAUGGGUCCUGUCAUUCCUAUUUCUCUUUCUUGUGUACUUGAUAUCAACAUUCACGUAUCAUGUCCCACAUCCUGAAGCGCCUCAUGCUUUCCUGGGACGAUUAGAUGACCCUGCCUAUAAUGCUACUGGGAUGACAGUUGCUUAUACACCCAUGACAAGCCGCACGAGACAAAUAAUGAAUAAAGUGGCUUCAGACUCUGUAAUGAUAGGUAUAAAAACUGAAGUGAUGGAAGAUGAAACAGCUCUGGAGGCAGCAUGGAUUUUGAACGACGAAAUUAUAGGGGUUGUAUUUAACGAUGACUUCUCCUAUUGCCUCAGAUUUCCUCCCAGCAAUGUGAUUGCUCCAAAUGAGCAUUUUGGACAGAUAGAUUCUUGUUAUAACUUUUCAGAACAUUACUGCGAUAGUCCAAGAUAUUGGUACAGAGGAUUUCUAUCACUGCAAUCAAGCAUUGAUGCUGCUAUUAUAGAAAUGACGACAAAUCAUUCUGUCUGGGAAGAAAUGAAAUCGAUUAGUGGUGUCCGUAUGGGAUCAUCAUCUUUCAAACCAUCAGUUACCCUGGAACACAGUUUUAUCAUUUUUGCUGUUGCAAUGUGUUUCUCUCCAUUUAUGCACUUUCUGUCAAUCAGUCUUACAAGAGAAAAAAGGAAGCUCAAGGAGUUGAUGAAGACUAUGGGGUUACAGGAUGCAGCCUUCUGGUUAUCCUGGAGUUUGCUGUAUACUGUUUGUGUUUUGAUUAUGGCAAAUCUGCUGACAGCUGUCACAGUUAAUGAAUAUUUCUACACAAGCAGCUUCUUUCCAAUAUUACUUCUGUUUUUCUUUUAUGGCAUAGCAUCUAUCCAUUUCUGUUUCAUGCUCAGUUCCCUCUUAAAGAAGCCUAAAGUCACCAGCUCUGUUGGAUUCCUCCUCACCUUUUUCUCUGCAUGUCUGAGCUUUAUUACAUUGGUGAAAAAACUUCCUGCACCCUUGGAAUGGGCUUUGGGUCUAUUCUGCCCCUUUGCCUUUAUUACUGGAAUCUCAAAGAUUUUGCAUUUAGAAAAAUAUGGAAUGGGUUUCUAUUUUUCUAACAUUAUGGAGGAAUCCUAUGCUGUAUUUACAGCCUAUGUCCUGCUGAUUUUUGACAGUGUUUUAUAUAUACUAUUGACUAUCUAUUUUGAUAAAGUUUUGCCUGACAAAUACGGUAUGAAAUAUCCCCCUUUGUUCUGCCUGAAGCCAUCAUACUGGUGCCAAAACAGGAGAGGUUAUGGUGGUAAGAGACCUGAAACUGAACAAAGUCAUGAACGUAUCUUCAAUGACAGCGUGGAGCCAGUGCCUCCAGAAUUUGAGGGGAAGGAAGCCAUCAGACUCAACAAUAUUAAAAAAACAUAUAAAACAAAGAACAAGAAAAUAGAAGCUUUGAGAGGUUUGUUCUUAAAUAUUUAUGAAGGCCAGAUCACUGCGUUACUUGGUCAUAGUGGAGCUGGAAAAACUACACUACUAAACAUCCUGAGUGGACUUUCCCAGCCAUCAGAUGGUUCUGCAACUAUAUACAAGUACAAACUAUCAGAAAUAGAGGAUCUGGAAGAAAUUAGAGCAUUAUUUGGGGUUUGCCCACAAUUCAACGUUCAGUUUGAAGUUUUAACAGUGAAAGAAAAUCUGCGAGUUUUUGCUGAAAUCAAAGGGAUUCGGUCCAUUGAGGUAGAGUAUGAGGUGCAAAAAGUUUUGAAACUGAUGGAUAUUAUCAACUUUCAGGACACCCAAGCUAAUAAAUUAAGUGGUGGACAAAAAAGAAAGUUGUCUCUUGGGAUAACCAUGUUAGGAGAUCCACAGGUUUUGCUAUUAGAUGAGCCAACUGCUGGAUUGGAUCCCCGUUCCAGACAUUUUGUGUGGACCCUACUGAAAGAACGUAGAGCUGGUCGAGUGACUCUGUUCAGUACCCAAUUCAUGAAUGAAGCUGAUAUCCUGGCUGACCGGAAAGCUUUUAUUUCACAUGGGAGAAUAAAGUGUGUUGGAUCUUCUCGGUUUUUGAAGAAAAAAUGGGGGAUUGGGUAUCACUUAAGGAUGCAUGUCAGUGAGGUUUGUGACUCUGAGAGCAUGAUAUCCCUGGUCAGACAGUACAUCCCUGAUGCCACAUUCACAGGACAGAAUGGAAAUGAACUGAGUUAUACGCUGCCCUUAGAAAAUGUGGAUAAAUUUCCAGAUCUGUUCUGUGGCCUAGACAGCCACUCUGACCAAGGGAUUAUUAAUUAUGGCAUUAGCAUGACAACCCUCGAAGAUGUCUUCCUGAAGCUGGAGAGUGAAGCAGCAAUUGAUCAAGAAGAUUAUGGUGUUUUCAGUGAGGAGCAUGCAGAAGAGGAAAGAGAUGCCUUCUCUGCUGAUGAAAUGGAACAAGGUCUUCUGUCACUCUCAGACAUAGGAAAGGCGACUGUAAGUGGCACAGCGCUCUGGAGACAGCAAGUCUGUGCCAUGGCAAGAGUUCGCUUUUUAAAGCUAAAGCAUGAAGAUAAAACCCUUAGAUCUAUAUUACUGCUGUGUGGACUUUUUAUGCUACCGUUAGCUAUCCAAUUUAUCAUAAUUCACUUAUGGAAACAAUUCAAUUCUUGGGAGCUGUCCUCUGGUCUGUAUUUUUUUCCUCCCGGAAAACAAUCUCACAAGGAAGUCACAAGCCUUCUAGUCUUCAAUGAAACAGGUUCAAGUAUUCAGGACUUCAUCCAUGCCCUGGAGACUCAGAACAUAAUGCUGGAAGUAGCAACAGGGAAAAAUAUCACAGAGAAGCUAAUACAUAAUGGGGCUAUGCAAGUAUCCUGUGAGCACCAGAGCUACAGGUUUACAGUUAUGUGCAGCAUAGAAACAAUCAACUGCUUUCCAGUGCUUGUGAACAUCAUCAGCAAUGCAUUGCUGCGAACCUUAAAUUCCACAGCACAAAUUCGAAUCUGGAGUCAUCCAUUUUUUCCUGAGAAUCAUCCAGGAUUAUGGGAUUAUUUUAUUGAUAUCUAUCUUUUUUUUUUGCUGCUUUUAAUUCCUGGUUUCCCACCUCACUUUGCAAUGAACAGCAUACAAGAUUAUAAGAUAAAAGCUCGUUCCCAGCUGCUGGUCUCUGGGCUCUUCCCUUCAGCCUACUGGUGUGGGCAGGCUCUGGUGGAUAUUCCCCUGUACUUGAUUCUUCUCUUCUCAAUGUUUGGAGUUAUCUUUGCAUUGAGUUACAGAAUUUCUAAGAGUGCCGGUGAAGCUCUUGCCCUGUUUACCGGUAUUACUGGCUAUGGAAUUUCUAUGAUCCUGUUCGUAUAUUUAAUUGCCUUCACAUUUCGAAAGCGAUGCAACAGCUGUGAUUUUUGGUCGUUUAUCCUCAUAGCUGUAACGCUCCUUAUCUUCAUUAUUGAUACCAUCAUGCGGAUCGCUUCCAUAGAGACAAUUUUCCAUUAUUUCUUGUCCAUUUUGAUUCCUGUGUAUCCAUUAAUAGAUGUUGUGAUCCGGUCUCAGAAGAUUUUUUUAGAAUACGAGGCUUUCAGUUUUACUGGCAAUUGGAGCGACAUAUUCGUAUCUGUCUUUGCACCUUACCUCCACUGUGCAGUUUUCAUUUUUCUUCUUCGAUGGCUGGAGGUGAAAUAUGGAAGAGCAGUUAUGAGAGAGGAUCCGAUUUUUAGAAUUCCCCCGAGGAAAGAGAACAACCAUCAAAAUCCUGAAGAACCAGAAGAAGAAGAUGAAGAUGUGCAAGCUGAAAGGGCAAGAGUUGGGGAAGCAAUGGCUUCUGAAAAUCAGGAAGAGAAACCAAUUAUCAUGGUCAACGAUCUGCGCAAGGAAUAUAAAGACAAGAGAGCCAGUUCGGUUUUUAAGAAAAGGAAGAAAGUGGCCACUAAAAAUGUCUCUUUUUGUGUGAAAAAAGGAGAGGUAUUCGGACUAUUGGGACCCAACGGAGCUGGUAAAAGCACAACCAUCAAUAUGAUUACCGGAGAGAGAACACUGACUGCUGGGCAGGUGCUGACAAAGGGGAAAGGUGCCACCGCCUCUCAACUGCAAGAGAGCACAACUGGCUUUCUAGGUCACUGCCCUCAGGAGAGCCCUCUCUGGCCAAACCUUACUGUGCAACAACAUCUGGAGGUUUAUGCAGCUGUGAAAGGGAUGAGGAAAGAAGAUGCUGCUGUUACGAUCAAACAGAUAGCAAAGGCUCUGGAACUUCAGGUUCAUGUCAACAAAGUGACUAGGAAAUUAUCUGCUGGGGUAACUCGAAAGGUGUGUUUUGCACUGAGCAUGCUGGGUAAUCCGACAGUUCUGCUUCUGGAUGAACCAUCAACUGGAAUGGACCCUAAAGGGCAAAGUCACAUGUGGAAAGCAAUUCGGGCUGCACUGAAGAACAAGGAGCAAGCAGCCAUCCUCACAACCCAUUACAUGGAGGAGGCUGAGGCAGUGUGCGAUCGAGUGGCCAUCAUGGUGUGUGGAAAGCUCCGGUGCAUUGGUGCUGUUCAGUACCUGAAAAGCAAGUUUGGCAAAGGUUACUUACUGGAAAUUAAAGUGAAAGACCCAGCACAGGUUGAUUGCCUCCAUAUGGAGAUUCUGAAGAUCUUCCCGCAUGCAGAUCGUCAGGAACGGGUUUCUUCUUUGCUGGUUUACAAGAUACCAAUGCAAGAUGCACUGCCUUUGUCCCGGACGUUCUCCAAGCUAGAGGCAGCCAAACGAACCUUCAGCCUCGAGGAGUACAGCUUUUCUUUGAACACUUUGGAGCAGGUGUUUUUAGAACUCUCCCGUGAGCAAGAAAUGGAUAAUUUUGAUAUGGCUUUGGAAGGAACUUUUGAGUGGAAAAGACUUCAGCAGGAAGACCUUUAAAAAUGUUCCAUUAUAUUUUAAUCAGUAUUGAUGUGUGUGACUUAAUAAUGCACAUAUAUGCUAUCGUUGCCUCCCACUUAUCAGCACAAUAAAAAUUGAGGCCUGUAGCUUUGCAGCUUCUGUACUUUGGAGAAGGGAAUAAUUUCUCCUAAAUUAGCCCCUCUUUUGAGAAAAGGAUAUUUUUAAAGGCAAAGCCAUUGGGGUCCUCAAGGUGAAUUGCUCUGCAUACAAUA